AUGCACUUCCCUUCAGCCUUUCUGCUUGCUGCUGCUCUGGCUACUAGCAAUGCCCUCAACAUCCUCGUUGGCAAUGAUGAUGGCUUCGGCUCCGCCAACAUCAGGGAGUUCUACCGCCUCCUCAAAGCAGCUGGCCAUGACGCUUGGAUAGUGGCACCGAUCGACAAUGAGAGUGGUCAAGGUGGCCGCGCAGUCUUCACCACCGAAGCCAAACUCACCAAGCCAACUGAGUAUGACCUCGUGCCUGCAGGAGCCCCAAGUUUCGGUACAGACCCCCAUGACUCGCACAUUUGGUACUACAAUGGUACACCUGCUGCCUGCACAUUCUUCGCCCUCGAUUAUGUCGUCCCAAAGUUCACCGGCUGGAAGAAGGUGGAUCUGUUCGUCUCAGGUCCAAAUUUCGGCCUGAACGCUGGUCCCUUCUUCUACACUCUCUCAGGAACGAUCGGUGCCACCUACGCAGCCGUCGAACGCGGCAUCCCUGGGAUCGCCUACUCCGAUGCAACAGCCGAACAGCGUUCCUACACCUAUAUCAACAAGACGACACCAACUGGGUACCCAGAUCGUGCCACCAUCUACGCCCAAGCCUCCGUCGAUCUCGUGCAGCAGGUGAUCGCCGGCGCCUCCAACAAAUCCCAACUUCUGCCCUACGGCUACGGUAUCAGCGUCAAUUACCCCUUCGUCACAUCCUUCACCAACACCAGCUGUGUGAAGCCAAAGUUCAUCCAGACACGCAUGACGGGAGGCGCGCAGGUCGAUAAGGCUGUCUUCAAUGAGACUUCGAAGCUCUUCACGUUCGGGAAUACUGAUGGUCCGGGUCUGAAUACAUGCAUCAAUGGGGACUGCAGUCUGCCAGGGGAGACGACGGUGGUGAACGGUCCCAAUUGCGAAAGUAGCGUUAGUGUCUUCACGGUCGAUUAUGAUGCGCCCAGCACAAAAGCUACAGCGGCGGUCAGGGAGGGACUGUGUCCAUUGGUAGAAUACGAGAAGCAUAAAGUGAAGAGAGAAGACGCAGAGGAGCGGAUGAGGAAGGGGAGAUAUUUUCAUGAAUGA